AUGACAGAGGCAACUAAUAAUAAUGUAGUUCAAGAUUUUACACCAGUGACAGCUUUAUGGGUUGUCGUCAAACAAGUUGUCAAGGAUGGUGAUUCAUUGCUUUUCGGUUCUACUUGUAGAACUCCAUGGACGCUGUCGAAUGUUUUCUUGUGGAUACGCGCAGAGAGGAGAGUUGGCGACUUUGGUGCAUCAUUAUCCAAGAAAAUGAAUUUAGGUGAAGAUAUGUACAGGUUAGACACAAAGAGGAUUAGUGAUGCUUUGGUUUACCAUGAUGGCAAAAGCCAACUCUCUGACUCUAUUCGUGACGUUGCUAAAACCAACAGCAACUCGAUGAGUAAGCUCACACCAGUGAUUGUGAAAGAGUCUGCUUCUCCAAGGCCAAGCCAGAGAUAUCACAGAACUCUUUAA